AUGAAUGAGAUGGGGAAGACCAAGAAGACUCAUGAGAGCAUCAACAACAGGUUGGCACUCGUCAUGAAGAGUGGCAAAUACACUUUGGGUUAUAAGACCGUCCUUAAAUCUCUUAGAAAUUCCAAAGGGAAGUUGGUCAUCAUUGCCAAUAAUUGCCCACCUCUUAGGAAGUCUGAGAUAGAGUAUUACGCUAUGUUGGCGAAGGUUGGAGUUCACCACUACAAUGGCAACAAUGUGGACUUGGGGACCGCAUGUGGAAAAUAUUACAGAGUUUGCUGCCUCAGCAUUAUUGAUGCAGGUGACUCUGAUAUCAUCAAGAGCAUGCCCGGUGAUCACUGAUAA